CCGGCGGAGGCGAUGGAGGUUGACGGCGGUGACGACGGCGGCCACCACGCUUGGCCGGACGGCAGCGCGAGGGCCGACCCUGCCGCCGACGACGGUGGUGGGGAUGGGGGAGACGCUGAGAGCGAAGAAAUCUCAAACGGUGGUUCUUGUAGUGAGCUCGGGACGUUGUGGCGUGUGCCGGGUGGACGCCAGCCGCCGCAGGUUGGAGAGCCGGUGGGUGUGGGUGCCGUGCGCCGACACCGCCCUCUGCCCAGCUGGAGCACCUUUGGGCGUGGUGAGGCGCCCACGAUGCCGGUGCAGAGGCCACCGACGGUUCCUCUGGAUGUGGUGUAUCCGAAUCUGCCUGUGUUGAACUCCUGCGCGGUGGAAGAGGAGCUAUUGGUGCAUGGCGGUGUCACCCAGCCACCACCGCCACCGCCUGCGCCGCGGCCGCCACCCCCGGCCUACCGACCGCCCAGCGCGGGCAGUGGUACGCGGGGCGGCCGCGGAGCGAACGGUAGAGCACGCGGCGGCAGACGUUUCGUGGAACUCACCCCUGCCGCGCACAUCAAUGCAAUCGCCAGGCAGUUGAUGGCCAGCACGAAAGAGGCUUUCGGCGUCGACUGGGAUGACGUCGGGGGCACCCGCGGCGAACGGUCUGAAGGGACCGGUUUUAGUACAAAAACUGUUCAGGAGGACACCCGACGCAACGGCGCGGGUGAGCGGCACAGCACAGUACCUGAACACGGAGCAGAGUCGGCUCUGCACGGCGGCGACGCCCGGUAUAAUGUCGCUGCCGACACGGGCGACGCGUCUUCGAUGUUGAUGACGCCGGCAGCGGCAGCGGUAGAGGCGGUUUCUAGCGAUGAUGUCUGUGGCGGCAGCGGCGGUGCUUUAGAUUGGACACAAGAAGGGCGUAGAGACGGCCAGCUUCAUGCUGCUCUUGUCGAUUCGAUAAGCGAUGAUGCAGCUGUAAGUGUUGAAAAUAAUUAUGUGACCUUGUGUUCUACCUCAGUGGGCGAUGGGCAGCGGAGUGACGUUAACGCUUUGAGAGUGUAUGCGUCUAAAAAUGGUGCGAGUAGAGGGAGUGGCUCAGACACUAUCACAUUGUAUGCUUCUGUAGACGCCGGAGGUGAAGUUGGGGUGGCUCGCGGGACGGCCGACCUCAGCAUCGCGGACAGUGAGACGACUUCUGCUUCGGAGGGAGAGGAGUGGCGAAGAGGGGACCAAGAGGCUGCCAUGUCGAUGCUGAGCGAAGGCGGCGCUUGGACCAUGAGCUCCACGCUAAGCGAACUAGCGGCCUUAAAAGCGGGAGGUUCUGAUGUAGUGGCAGGGAGUUCCAGCGUUGAAGUUGCCGAUGCCGAACCGGUAGGCUGUGGGGAAGGCAAGUUAGCAGCGCCUGAGAUGGUGGCGACCACGAUGCCGGUCGGUGGAUCAGAAGUGCCAAGUGAUAAUCGCUCGGCCUGGGCGAGAAUGCUGGAAGACUGCCCUAGUGCUGACGUGAAAGUGGAACCGUCAGACGACUCUGAGACACCCUGGUCUCAGUCGGCCUCGAUGGACCCAGUCGGUGCUCUGCUGAGCUCACCAGGGACUGGACACAGAUCGACUUCGCCUAGUCCUUCAGACACGCCGAGCACAGCAGUUAGCCAGGAUUCAGAAAAACCAGAGUCGUCGGAUCAUCACAGCACGGACCGGUCAUCAAGAAAGAAAAGCAGCAAGAAGAAGCGGAGGCGAACGCCCAGUAAAUCUGACAAGACCAAGAGCUCCUCGAGGGACGCUGCGGGGACAGUACGCACCACGCCAACAAAGAAGUUGGGUGAGUCCAGCUCUUCUGGACGAAGCCAACCAUCCUCGGAGAAGGCGCGGAAGGACUCGCCAAGCUCUGGUCAUCGCUCUCGAUCGAAAACCAAGCAUGAUUCGAAAAACGGUAGGACGACUCCACAAAAGUCAUCUAAGGGCAAAUCCUCUCCACGCAAACCCUCGUCACACAGAUCCUCUUCGUCCAGAUCUUCUUCGCAAAAGUCAUCUUCACACAAAUCCUCAUCUCACAAGUCCUCACAAUGUUCAUCUCUGCGCAAGUCCUCUUCACACAAGUCUUCUUCACAAAAAUCCUCUCCGUGUAAGUCAGCUUCACAGAAGUCCUCUCCUCCCAAGUCAUCUUCAAAGAGAUCGUCUCCUCGCAAGUCGUCUGCGCAAAGGUCCUCUUUCUCCCAUAAGCCAUCUGGAAGCAAGUCUUCCUCGCAAAAACCCUCUCCCGGCAAGUCCACGCCGUGUAGGUCAUCUCCGCGCAAGCCAUCUUUCCAAAAAUCUUCCGAAAAAUCAUCAUCUCACAAGUCCUCUUCGCAUAAGACAUCUUCACAGAAGUCUAGUGUUCCGACUCACGCCAGGGAUAAGGGUUCUCCUAGUGUUAAAAAACACUCUAAAACCAAAGACGACGCUAAGAAUGGCAAGACAACGCCACACGCGUCCUCUGAUUCGGGGAGCCAUCUGUCAGCCUUUGAUAAGCUGUUACUAGACUCGUCCAGCCCGAAGCAACGCCCGAAGCCCAAAGCUACGGCAGCGUCUUGCGAAUCCUCAGAUUCGGACGCUGUCGCAGGAGGUGAAAGUCUCUCAGCCUUUGAUAGGUUGUUGCUGGAUUCACCGAGCACCAGUCGACUCGUGAAAUCUAAGAACUCAGCAAAUAAUGGCUCGGCAACGCCACUGAAACCCACUGGGCAGAAGUCCACUCCUUCCAAGUCCUCUGAUUCGUGGGCCAAGGGCAGCAGUCUUCCAUCAUUUGACCAGCUUUUGCAAGGCACCUCCAGCGCCCCUCAGCCACUGAAGACGACCUGCAGCUCAGACGAGCUAGCGUCAUCUGUUGUUCAUGGUAGCACCUCGGUUUGGGCAGACAUGCUUGGGGACUGUCCCAGUGCCGACCAUCCAGCUCAGAAAGAGGACACCUCGAACAUCGCAGCGACUUCUUUCGGAGAAGCGUCCGGUUCUGGAGAGGCACCUGGCGCCCGCCGUGCACCCAAGAAAAGCAGUGGAGAAGGCGACGGUGGAGCAGCCGGCGGGAGCACCAUAGGCGCCCUUCUCAGUACCACCCCCGCUGCCUCACGGUCGGACGGUGGCCGAUCGCUUCUGAAAGAGCUGCUGGCCGAUUGUCCGAGCGCCGAUGCAGAUCAGCUAACCCUGAAGAAGCUACUGGAGGACUGCCUCAGCGCGAGGCCUAGUCGAGGACGGGCAGCGGGAACGUCCGGGGCAGGUGGAGGCGGCAGUUCAGCGGGCGGCGGCCGUUCGGUUCUGAAGGAGUUGCUGGCGGACUGUCCCAGCGCCGAUCCGCGUCGUCUGCGUCUAAAGCAGCUGCUGGCGAAUUGUCCCAGCGCUGAUCCUGGUCGCCUGCGCCUGAAGGAGCUGCUUGCUGAUUGCCCCAGCGCCGACUCUGAACCAGAAGUGGUUGUGUUGGCCGAGACCCAAGGAGACCCUGGCAACCCCAGCUCGGGGAAUAAGAGCGGGACUACUGAUGACAAUCAGCCGCCUCCGCGCGACGAGAGAUGACCCAGUGUGCGGUGUUAGCUGCCGCCGCUGCUGGCUUCUGUGUAAUCUGUGGUUUAUUUCUGUGGAUUAACCGCCACUAUGGACUAAUCGCGAUAGUUCCGCUGGCCUGCUGCCGUGUCGGUGUCGCCGUGCCGUGCUUUCAGAGCUGGAUCAGCUCAAUGAGAAAUGUGGGUUGUAUGAAGAAGGAACUCUGAAGUGCAAGCGCAUUCUUUGAUGCUGUGUUGCCUAUCUUCUUUUGUAUAAAAUUCUUCAUUUUGUACCGUUUUUAUGUGCAUUGUAUCAUAAGCUCGGCCUAUGGAAAGCGGGUGCACACAUUGUAUUACUGUACAGAGCUUACCUUUGGUUGGUUUGCGCGUCCGAAAUGAAGCAACAUGCCAGUGACAGUUCGCUCUUCGGUCGUUCCAAGGGCAUUGUUUUCUUAUAGCUAUCGGCACUGUGUACUAGUGGUUAGUAUCAUCUCUUGCCUACGUUUUUUUUUUUUGUCGUUAGAUUGGACGUCAUUCGAUCAAGUUUUCUGUUUCGAAACGAUAACUUCGAGCCAUUGAACCAGUUGUGUUCUGUCAUUGUUUAUUCGCGGAUCUCAGCCUAUGGCAACUGUCGCGUGUUGAAACUGACCUGAAUUCCUUCCAAAAUUGUGUAGAUAACACGUGCCGUGAAGGAAUAGCUGCAAAACACUGCCAACCCCAAUCGUGUGUGCCUGUGAAAAUCAUGUUUGCUCUCGUGCCGGUGUGCCGAGAGCAGUGUGUGGGCGUGACGGCUUGGAGUGCGUUUUAUACCGAACGAUUUGUACCGAGACACCCGAAUAAAAGCCAACUCGGA